AACAAGACAAAUUGCAGGUCCAAAUGAUCACCCGACCACACCAAACUUUCUCCAACUGUACCGUAUGCUAUCUAUAUACUCAGUUAUAAAACCUCCUAAGACAGGAAAUUGCACAGUAAAUGAAGAAUCUAUUCCUAUUAUUUCAUUAUCAGAUUUAAAAGAGAUUAUUAAAGAUCCAGCAAAUAGUUCUGAAAGAAUAAUUAAAAUUACCAAAUUAAAAGAAAAAAUAGAUAUGAUUGUACAGGAAGAUUGUUGGGACCUAGAUGAUGUUCUAUUAGAACACAAUUAUGCUGAUUCUACCGUAUUUGAUUGUAUCGUAUAUUUUUUGGCUGGGUAUAUUGCUAAGCGUUUAGUUCAUAAAACUAAAUGUGAAAUGUGUAUAAGAGGAUUAAAAACGCUUAACACAUCUUCACAAGACUGUAUUGGUAAGGAAGCUGAUUUGAUUAGAGCAAAAUCCAAAGGUUACCUUACUUAUCCUGAGAGCAAUUUGUUUAUAAUCAUUAAACAUAUUGAGAAUUGUUUUGCAAUACAUGCAAAUUCGAGCAAUGUAUUUGAAGACACUUUUAAUGAAUUUUUUCAACUCAAUACAAGAUUGAAAUUUGCAUGUACUAAUUCUGAACAUAAAACAGAUAUGUUAACAAAUAUUUUUACUUAUUAA